AGAAUGCCAGGAACGAAAAUCACAGAAGGAGACCGAGAUGGAAUUGACUCGAAGUUCAUUUGCUUUAUUUGUCAUUUGCUAUUGUUGGAACCGAUGCAAACUCUUUGUGGUCAUGUUAUGUGUCUGACCUGUAUUGAAACACUACUGAGGAGUUCAACUCCAAGAUGUCCUGAAGAUGGUGAGGAGUUAAGUAAAGAAAAAGAACACGUCGCUACGAGCUGUGAAGGUGCGCCGGCGACAGUGAAAAUCACCGACUUGGAAUCGCAGCGAGGACCAAGUGCGCAACGAAGUAUCCCUAGUUGCAAUGGCAUCUUACUCUGGAAGAUUGAAGGCUUUCAUAAGAAGCGACAGGAUGCUAUCAAUGGAGUGAAGACGGCCUUGUAUAGUCCACAUUUCUACAGCGCUCUAAACGGAUACAAAUUGUGUGCAAAGAUCUAUAUGAAUGGAAACGGAUUUGGAAAAGGAUCUCAUUUAUCAUUGUUCUUUGUGGUGAUGAAGGGUAAAUAUGAUUCUCUUCAAAGCUGGCCAUUUCAGAAGAAGAUAACCAUGAUGCUCUUGGAUCAAGGUGAAUGUGAAUUACGUGAUCACAUGGUCCAAACGUUUCAUUCUGAUCCGCAAGGUGUGUCUUUCCAACGCCCGAAAUUUAACAUGAAUAUAGGCUGUGGUUUGCCAUUUUUUAUGCCGAUUGGUCAUUUGGAUCGUCGUCAGUAUAUCAAAGAUGACGCGAUCAUUAUUAGGAUCAUCGUAGACUAA